AUGAAUCUUUCUAAUUUUCCGCCGGUGGUUCUCCUGCUGGCAUUGCUGAGAUUGUCAGAAGGAUAUUUUAUCAACAUUGAUGCACACGCUGAAGAAUGCUUCUUCGAGAAGGCGACUUCUGGCACCAAAAUGAGCCUUAUGUUUGAAGUCGCGGAGGGCGGUUUUUUAGACAUCGAUGUUAAAAUUUUUGGACCAGAUGGCAAGAUCAUACACUCUGGAGAUCGGGAAUCCAACGGCAAGUACAUUUUUGCCGCUCACAUGGACGGCAACUAUAAAUACUGCUUCAGCAAUGCCAUGUCGACAAUGACGCCAAAAAUUGUUGUUUUCUCCAUCGAUGUUGGGGAAAAGCCAAAAGAUACAACUGGAGAGGAAGGUGAUGCUAACCAGAACAAACUUGUGGACAUGAUCAAUGAACUGUCAACGGCUUUGACCGGGGUCAAACACGAACAGGAAUACAUGGAAGUGAGAGAAAGGAUUCACAGAUCAAUUAACGACAACACCAACUCCAGGGUGGUUUUAUGGUCGUUCUUCGAGGCCUUGGUUUUGGUGGCCAUGUCUCUCGGCCAGGUCUACUACCUCAAACGAUUUUUCGAAGUGAGACGAGUGGUAUGA